ACAGUUCCAAGCAAGCCGGUGCACGAGACGGUCGCACGCAUUUUGGAUGGAUUAAAUAAACACUGGAUUAAAUGUUCAUGCUGGGUGAUCUGAUUGAACGGAAUAGUCUCAGGAAGACGAGUUUUCUUGUUUUUCUUUUUAAAUUGUAGCGUGUCCCGCGCAGGACGCUGUACAGGUGCAUCGACACAGCGCAGGAGACUCCCUUGACUUCAUGAAAACAUUGGUCACUAGAGGGCGGAAACACGCAGACACCUUUUUGUCCGGUCAGCAGGCUGAAGCUUGAACGUGAAUCGAUGUACAUGAUGAUCAGCACCCCACAUCAACACCGUAUCCGUAUCUCAGACUCGGCUACGCCUCCUGGAUGCCUUGUGCCCUCUCUGGGACCGCCUCCCAUCUCCCCCAUCUCACCCCCAUCACCCUGCUUGGCCCGGACCUCUCCAUCACCCCGGAUGAGGAAGUUAAUGCUGACUCUGCCGCUUGCCGGUCAAAUGAUUCGGGCCACAUGCAACCGCAGGCACAGCUGGCAUCCCGGCGUGGUGCAGUGUGGCCAUCCACAGUGCGGACAGCGCAGUGUGAGUCUGGAGACUCUGGACCCUGGAGAGAUGGAGAAGGUUCAGUGUGGCAGUCUGAAAAGGCGAGACCCGCGCCGAGCCCCCAUCACUGACUACACCGAGGACCUGGAGUCUCUGCUGUCUCUCACUGAGGAGGAGGAGGGGUCAGGAUCACAGCUCUUCUCUUACCAGGAGGUGCAGUCUCCUCUGCAGAGCUUCAGUAUGUCCGUCCCGUCUCUCUGUUCCAUUCCGAGUGAAAGACAUCCGUCUCUCACCAAGCAACGCCCUUAUUCUCACGCCCAAGCACACUCUUCCUUUUCCUCUCUACUUGGAGGAUCUACACAGAGUCUCCGGGUGGAUGCAGAGCUCAGCGGUGAGCUUUGGGACAGCAAGGAGACGACGGAGGGCCAGGGAGUUCAAAACGAGGAGAGCGAGAAGCCAAACGGCCUGCGCUCCCUGGUUCGGAGUCUCAGCUUCUUGGGAAAGAUGGCGAGGAAUUACAAGAACAAAGAGAAGGAGCGCAUGAAGGAGCGGGAGAAGGAAGCGCGCGAAAGAGAGGCGCGCUACAGCAAUGGUCACCUUUUCACCUCUCUGACUGUGUCGGCCACCACGCUCUGCUCAGCCUGCAACAAGAGCAUCACGGCCAAGGAGGCUCUUAGCUGCCCCACCUGCAAUGUCACCAUCCACAACCGCUGCCGAGACACGCUGGCCAACUGCGCUAAAAUGAAGCAGAAGCAGCAGAAGUUGGCUCUGGGGAGGAACAGUUCAGCUCUUCAGAAUGUAGCCCUACGCACCAAAACUCCUAUCAUCAAGGAGAGACCGAGCUCGGCCAUCUACCCCUCCGACAGCCUCCGCCAGUCUCUCCUCGGCUCCCGGAGAGGACGUUCCACGCUGUCCCUCAGCAAGAGCGUCUCCACCAAUAACAUCGCAGGUAAUCUGAACGACGACUCUCCUCUGGGUUUGAGACGCAUCCUCUCGCAGUCAACCGACUCGCUGAACUUCAGGAACAGAGCCAUGUCCAUGGAGUCUCUGAACGAUGACGGAGAGGUGUAUUACGCCUCAAUGCUGGAGGAGUUGGAGAGAGAGGGCCGGGAUUUCGAGGCAGACUCGUGGAGUUUGGCGGUGGAUGCAUCCUACCUGCAGACUCACCGCAAAGACGUCAUCAAGAGGCAGGACGUCAUCUACGAGCUGAUCCAGACGGAGCUGCAUCACGUGCGGACGCUGCGCAUCAUGGAGGGAGUGUUUCGACGCGGCAUGCUGGAGGAAGUGAUGCUGGAGCCGGGGGUAGUGCAUGCCGUCUUUCCGUGCCUCGACCAGCUGGUGGCGCUGCACUCACGCUUCGUCAGUCAGCUCCUGAGCCGACGGAACCACAGCCUGGCGCCGGGGAGCACCACUAACUUCACCAUCCAGAAGCUGGGAGACGUUCUGGUAGAGCAGUUUUCGGGUCAGAACGCAGACGAGAUGCGCAAGUGCUACGCCGAAUUCUGCAGCCGGCACCUGAAAGCCGUGAAGCUCUACAAGGAGCUGCUGGCACGGGACAAGAGGUUCCAAAACUUCAUCCGGAGAGUGAGUAGAGGAUCGCUUCUCCGUCGCCACGGAGUCCAAGAAUGCAUCCUGCUGGUCACACAGCGCAUCACCAAGUACCCAGUGCUGAUCCAGCGCAUACUGGACAAUACAAAAGGUAGCGAGGAAGAAGCCGAGUCUCUGAGUCAGGCGCUAGUGCUGAUCCGUGAGCUCCUGAGUUCUGUGGAUCAGCAGGUUCAGGAACUGGAGCUGACGCAGAAGCUGCAAGAGAUCCGGGCCCGGCUGGACCCACGGGCCGAGACCGAAGUGAGGGGUGGAGGAGUCUUCCGAGGCGGAGAGCUGCUCCGGAGAAGACUCCUUCAUGAGGGAACGCUGCUGUUAAAAAUGACACAGGGCUCGAGACUCAAAGACGUGCAGGUUUUGUUGAUGACCGAUAUCCUGGUGUUCAUGCAGGAAAAAGACCAGAAAUAUUUUUUCCCAUGUCUGGACAAGCCGUCAGUUCUGUCGCUCCAGAACCUGAUCGUCAGAGAUAUAGCCAAUCAGGAACGAGGGAUGUUCCUCAUCAGUGACUCCACCCCUCCGGAGAUGUACGAGCUGCAUGGCGCAUCCAAAGAAGACAGAAACAACUGGAUGAAAAUCAUUCAGCAGGCUGUGAGCAGAUGUCCCUCUAGAGACGAUUUCCCUCUGAUUGAGACAGAGGACAAAGCUCUUCUGCGUAGACUCAGAGCCGAUAUUCAGCAGAAGGACCGGGAAGUCCUGGAACUCCUUCAGGAGCGUGUGACCCUGUUUUCGGAUCUGGCAGAGGUCACUGGAAAUCAAGAGGUCACCAUGCCCACCAGCUCUAGGAACAUGUUCAGAGCCGACACGCCGCACGCGCUCCAAGCUGAGAAACUUCUCAACAACGCCAUCGCUGAAGUGGACAGAUUGAGCGAACUGCUUCUCGGCUCCAGCAUUGAGAUUCCUCGUUCCUGCAGUUCCAACAGUGUCCAGAACCACACGGAGGCGCCAGUGAGCAACGGCGAGGCGAUUUCAGUGAACGGAACUCACGAUGGGAACGGUUCGUCACAAAAACAGGACAGAAACGGUAACCAGUUGCAGGACAGAACUCCCAAUGAGGAAGUUUGCCAAAGACUUGUGAACCUCAGCACGCAUCUCCACGCACUACAGGCAGCAGUAAUCAGACAGGACUCCAUCCUGGAGCUGUGCAUGCGCGACGGCUCCACCUCCACUUCCUGCUCCACUCCAUCCACCUCCACCCCCAGUCCUCUGGGCUCUGCGCCUCUGCGUCUGAGCCGCUCCCUGUCGCGUGACGCCCUGAUGGAGGGCGUGUUGCCCGGUGCGGGUGCGGAUCAGGCUCUGCUGCAGAGACACUACGCCCUGCUUCACGAGGAGGUGUGUCGCCUACGCCCACUCGAACCCCGGCUGAGGGACAGCGAACGGGCGAGGACGCAGCUGGAGGCUCAGCUGAGGGAGCUGCAGGGCACACACAAACGAGACAGCACAGACACAACAACCACACAGCGGAGAGGAAGUGAUGGAAGCCACGUCCCCCUCGCCCCACUGGCCUGUCAGGAAGCUGACCAGUUAGAUGGCGUUCAGGAGGGAAGCGAGGAAGAAGAUUCUGAAGAAGAGGAAGAAGUUCGUAUUUCCCCACGCUCAGACAGUCCCAGAGAUCUACAAGACAUCCCAGAAGAAAGCGAGUGCAUAACCGAAGCUCCGGACGGCGACUCCGGCCACAGUUAACAUCGGGUACCAACCGGGUCUUAAUUUCCUGUAUACAACAAAAAAACGCUACACAACGCCUCCGCUCUCCUGCGACACGCCCGAGAGAAAGAAAAGCCUUCUUCGAAAUUCUCAAGGACGAGGAGAUCAGAGCGGAGAAAGAAGGAUUCUAAGGAAUGGUUUUUUUAAUUUUUGCCUUUAUAAUCAUGGACUUGAGCAACCUCUGUCUUAAUAAUUUAUCUCAGAAUAACCUCUUACCAUGAACUGUAGCCUACGACUGCCUGCCUUUUUCAGGGGCCCAAGCACUAAGUGCUUGGAACUCUCUUGUUUCUUAUUAUUUUUACUAUUUCGUGAAAAUGACUGAACUAGAAAGGAGGCCUAAUCCUGGAUGUAAUCAUGAUGAAAUCAUGUACUGUAUGUAAACGAGCUGGGUGUCCGAACAUGGUCAUCGUAAGAUAAUUUAUAGAAGAAAAAAAAUAACCAUGAGAGACCAGGCUAAAUUUUUUUGAUACUUUUAUAAGUUUUCAGCUCUAUUGAAGUUGGACCUGGGUUUGAAGAAACUCAAAAAAUGGGUGACCAAUCAUCUCAACAAACAAAAAAAAUAUGACCAAAGUUGUUGGGCAGUUAGAUAAAUCAAUGGUAAACGAUAUAUAUAUAUAUAUAUAUAUAUAUAUAUAUAUAAUAUACACACACACUAUUCUAUAGAUUAGAUGACAGUGAUCAUGUUUAGUACAUUUUGGUAAUGCAUGUAGAACAUCAGAUAUACAAUACACCACCAUCACCCCUUCCAUACACGAUAGUGGUAUGAUCCAUCAGCUCAUCCAUCCUGCGUCGUUGUUCUGAAGUAGACGAACUAGUCUCAAAUGAAACUCAUUACUGGUCAAUGAAGGGUUUUUUUUUCUCUGUAUUUUGUGUAUAUUAUGUAUCUGUAAAAAAAAAAAUAUUUGGAAGGUUUUGGAAGAAAAAGAGAGAGAGAAAAGAAAGAAAUGAGCUCAAACGAAUGAUCUUGUAUCUUUUAGUGUAAUCUUUUUUAAGACUUUUAUGUUGUAAUUUUAUUGUUUUUAUUACUUGAACUUAACUGCUUGUUUGCAUUGUGAUGUUUAAAUAUACUGUAGGAAUUCCAA